AAUUCUCGUUAAAGGAACAGUAUAUUCUAGGGAGAGGUAGAGAAGGUGAGAGGCCAACUAAUUUGGACUCACCUUUCAUAUAAAUAGACCUCAUCCAAAUAAGCAACCACACCUCAUCUAAACUUUCUUCUUCCAUUCAAUUUUACUUCUCUCAUAAAUGGAGUGGACCAGAGGGCACGUUAUAGGCCGCGGCGCCACCGCCACUGUGUCGAUAGCCACUUCAAGAUCGGGGGAUGUGUUCGCUGUCAAAUCGGUUGAGCUAUCAAAAUCUGAGUUCUUGAAAAGGGAGGAAAAGAUUUUGUCCACUUUGAAUAGUCCUUUCGUAGUUGGCUACAUAGGGUCUGAUAAUACUCGAUACAAUAGUACAAUCAUGUUUGAUUUGAUGAUGGAGUAUGCUCGUUAUGGUACGCUUGUGGAUGCCACUCACGAGUGUGGCGGCCGGCUUGAUGAAUCCAUGAUCAGUCACUACACAAGCCAAAUUGUCCAAGGAUUGAAAUAUCUCCAUUCAACUGGUAUAGUGCAUUGUGAUAUAAAGGGCAGAAACAUUGUGAUAGGAGAAGAUGGUGCUAAAAUUUCAGAUUUUGGUUGUGCCAAGAGAAUAAAAAAUCCAGUGGAAGGUUUAAGGGAUGACCAAGAAGCAUCGAUAGGAGGCACACCGGCGUUCAUGGCGCCGGAAGUUGCAAGAGGGGAGGAGCAGGGAUUUCCAGCUGAUAUUUGGGCAUUAGGAUGCACGGUUAUUGAAAUGGCGACUGGCGAUUUGCCUUGGCCUAAUCUUAGCCAUCCGUCAUCACUGCUUUAUCGAAUUGCCUUGUCGGAAGAAUUACCGGAGUUUCCAGCCUUUCUUUCGGACAAAGCAAAGGACUUCUUGAAUAAAUGCUUAAGAAGGAAUCCAAAAGAGAGAUGGACAGCUACACAACUUGUUAAACAUCCAUUUCUUGAGGAAUUAUCCAGUGUGAAGAAAUCAACAAAAGAAACUGCUGGCUCACCAACGAGUAUUCUUGAUCAGGGCAUUUGGAGCUUCAUCGAUGAAUCAGAAUCUCAGUACAAUCAGAGUCGAACAUACAGUACCUUAAAUUCUCCAAACCAAAGGUUGAAACAGUUGUCGAUGAAUUCAGGAUUGAUGGUUAACUGGAAUUGGGAAGACAGUUGGCUAACAAUUAGAGACAGUGAAGAUAACAAUAUUAGGUCAGUUCAAUGACAGAUAGUGAUAAAUAUUAGUUGUCGGAUAGCAGGGGUAGUAAUUUCUACAUAGAGAACUCAUUGUUGUACAGAUUUCAACCUCAAUUUUGAUAUAUAAUUGACCAUCAGAUUUUUAUU